AUGGGUCAUGUGACCGUGUGCGAAUAUGAGUUUUUUGCUAGGUUGGAUCAGUUGGUGGAUGACGCGAUUGGCGGGAAGUCGCAGGGCGGUGUGCAGCCGUCGAUCGGCGUUUCAGCACCCGGAGCCAGCAAAGCUGUCCGUUUACGAAUGAAGGAUAUUCAUCAGCUGGGAAUCUUGGUGUUUUACAUGGCCACAGGAACCCUCCCUGACGAUCCCGUACCACGAACCGAGGCAGCUGUGAGCGAGCUGCUUCGUGGUCUCGACUGGAGUUGCACAUCAGCCGGUGAUUUUAUCUUCACCUGUAUGUUAUGCACGAGAGACUCAUCGGUGAAAAAGCUUGCAUCCCAUUCGUUCCUGUGCGAUCAACUCCCUGUCACACCCAGUUUACCGGAAGUUCGUUUACUCCCGCCCCCGGUGAACCCGACAACAGGUUCUUCCGAUAUGGCCAUGGAUUCAGGUGAGAUAGUGUUCUGUUGUUUGCUCUUCAAAAUCUUCCGUUUCGAUCGAAGUUGA